AGGAGCCUGAUUUUUUUUUGUAGGGCACAAACUGUCAAAAAUUAAAAUAAAAACAUCUACAAUUUAGACAAAAAUAAAAAUUAUAAAAUGAUAAAAUGGAGACAUUGCUAAGAUUUGUGCCAUCAAAUCCAUUAAGGAUUACAGCAUGUAGGGUAUUAUUAACUCAUGUAGCGAAUUACACUAGACUAGCUGAAGUAGGUAAAUUAGAAUCCCCUAAAACAAGCGGCAAGUAUGAAACAGGCCAACUAAUUUUGCACAAAGUAUUUGGAUACAGGGGCGUUAUACUAUUCCCAUGGCUAGCAAGAGUGUACGAUAGAGACGCAAUUAAUAAAAAAGAUACAGUAGAAAAUGCUAACACGGACGCAUCUGGAGAUUCUCUUUCAAAUGUCGGUAAAGAAGUGAAAGGCAGAACACAUACUUUUUAUCAAGUUCUAAUAGACACAAGAGAUGCUCCAUACAUACGUGCCCAGACUGAAGCAGUGACAUUCUUGGGCAACCAAGAGUCGAGUCGAAGUUUGUACGCUAUUCCAGGGCUGGAUUAUGUGGCGCACGACGACAUCAUACCAUAUACUACGGUGGAACGUGUACCUCUGCAGCAUGAGCUCUUUGACAAGUUCCUCAUCCACAAUCCGGAUAAAGAUCCCCCAUUCAUAGAACAAGAGACCCUGAGAGCCUGGCAAAAGAAGAACCACCCGUGGCUGGAGCUCAGCGAUGUCCACCGCGAGACCACCGAGGGAGUCAGGGUCACCGUGAUACCGUUCUACAUGGGCAGCCGGGAGUCGCAGAAUUCUUCUGUCUACUGGUGGCGUUAUUGCAUUCGGCUGGAGAACCUCGGUCCGCAAGCAGUCCAGUUGCGCGAGCGUCACUGGAGGAUAUUCUCUUUGAGCGGCACGUUGGAGACCGUGCGCGGACGAGGAGUGGUGGGCCAGGAGCCGCUGCUGGCGCGGCACUCGCCCGCCUUCCAGUACAGCAGCCACGUGAGUCUGCAGGCGCCCAGCGGACACAUGUGGGGAACAUUCAGAAUGGAACGUGAAGAUGGGUACACCUUUGACUGUCGAAUUCCGCCAUUUUCUCUCGAGAGCAAACCCGACGAAGGUGCCCCUGUGUCUCCGACAGCAGCGAGCGUGUGAUACGAAACAAACUCUAACCAAAUACACAUAAGAAUCAAACUCGCCCAGCCACACGACGUUAAAAUCCGAUAAUUGGCCGAAAACAAUUCGGUUUCUUGUUUAUCAUGGUUUAAUUUUCUAAGUCAUUAAUUUUAGCGGAUAUCAUUUGCAGCAUUAUUUAUUGAUGUUUAGGUUUCAUUAAAGUAUAAUUAGAUGAUAAUCAAAAUUUUAAUCGUUAGAUAUUCUAAUAGAUCUAAUAAAUUGCAGUAUUCUGUUC